AAAUGGAACAACAACAACAAAAUGGAACAACCAAAAACAUUAUUGCCCCUCAUUAUUAUGCUUAUGCUGCUUCCUCUAGCAAACCAAUUAUUUCGUCUCCAGCAACUUCAUUGUCACGGCAUUUGCACCUUCACUCUCUACCUUCUUGUCCUUCAUCACCAAGAAGUAUAGUUUCAAAAAUUAAUGAGAAUGAGAAAAGGAAACAUUUAAAAGCUCUAAACAAUAAAAACACAAAAAUCCAAGAGGAAAAUAUUAAAGAAAACGGAAAGAAUGGAAUUAAAUGUAAUAAUACCUCCAAAAAUAUAAAAGUUCCAAAAAAUGCGAAAGAAAACCACGAGAUUAAAGAAGCUGCAAAUUUUGUUGAGGACGAUAAUGAAGAUAUUGCUUAUUUAAAUAUACCUUUAAUUUGGCCCAUUGCUGGAUUCUCUGCAUUUUCUUUUAUAUUUUUUGUUGCGGCAUUUGCAUUUAUGGAAUUAAUAGAACAUUUGUCUUUUGAACGGUUUGCGCUAAACCAAUUAUUAUAUACUUAUGGAAAAACGCUUGGAUUUUGCAAUAACACAAUUCCAUAUGAAAGGGGAAUGUGGCCAUCAUUUUUAAGACAAGUAGAAUUGAAGGUUUUAAGCAAUGUGUGUUUCAGAGUUUCUGUUUGUGUCCCUAUGGCUGUGAGAAUUUUUGUUUCUUUUAUUAUUAGAAAUUCAUAUCGAGAUUAUCAACUAGUACUCAGCAAUCCUCUCAUGCAAUGGAUGAAUGAACUUAGUGCCCCUAUUGCUAUAGUUGAAGUUUUUAGUUUGGGACUAUUUUCAAUUAUUACAAUUCGUUUUGAUUAUCCAUAUUUGCACGAAUCAAUGUUUGGAACUUUCAUUUUUUCUUCAACUAUGCAUAUGUUUAUUCGGACAAUUCUUACUUUUUGUAAAGAUCAUUUGGAACAAAUAGAUUUAUGUGCUGGUACAGGCCGUUUACUUUGUUGUCUGUUGUAUGCUUGGACUAGUUCGCAGUUAUUUCAGACACAUCAAAUGUUUAUUCAUAUGCCUGGCUGUCAUGGAUAUGUUCGCCCUAGCGAAGCUAUAACUGAAUAUAUUGCAAUAUUUUCCUAUGGAUUUUUCUCACUUUUACAACUUGUGGAUAUUCGUAAUGUUCGCUUUAUUUGUUAUCCACGUACUUGUUCUGGUGAAUGUGAACCUCUAAAAGCUGAAAAUUUUAAUGCCCCGGGAGGAAAAUAUCAAUAUUGUCGAGCCUUUGAAUGGGUUCAAACAAAGGAUUUGAGGGAAAAUGAAGAAGAAAAUAUUAUUAAAAAUGGAAAGAAUUUUAAGAAUGGUGAAAUUAAAAAACAAUCUUCCCCAAUUAAAGUUUGUAAAAAUGGGAAAAAUACUAUUUAA